UUGGCUUGUCCUGCUCUCUUUUUCAUGUCCAGCCCCCGAUGAGUGUCCAUUGGUGUUGCCUUCGCCUUCCCUCCUCCCCUCUCCCCGGCUCGCCCUGCCCAUGUUUUGUAUGUCUCUGUCCAUCCAGGCUCCUGACGUUCAAGUUCGCGGGGACGUCACGUCCGCACUUGAACUUGCGGCUCAGGGGGGCUUUUGCCAUUUUUUUCAUCUCGCUCUCUCUCUUCUUCCCUCUUUCCCUCUCUCUCCCUCUCUCUCUCCCUCUCUUUUUUUUCCUCGCACAAAAAAAAAAAGCCAUGACUGCUAUCCCACAAUUCAUCUUCCCUGCGCCAUCUUUGUAUUAUUUCUAAUUUAUUUUGGAUGUCAAAAGACAUUGAUGAAGAUAUUUUCUCGGGAGCCUCCUUCCUCCGCAGCCCGGCGCUCCCGAUGUGAGCCGCGCGCUCCGCCGCCGCCAGCCCACCAUGUCGCGCCGCAAGCAGGGCAAGCCCCAGCACUUAAGCAAGCGGGAAUUUUCGCCUGAACCUCUUGAAGCCAUUCUCACCGAUGAUGAACCUGACCAUAGCACGUUGGGAGCUCCAGAAGGGGACCAUGACCUCCUCACCUGUGGCCAGUGUCAGAUGAACUUCCCGUUGGGGGACAUUCUUAUUUUUAUUGAGCACAAACGGAAACAAUGCAAUGGCAGUCUCUGCUUAGAGAAGGCUGUGGAUAAGCCACCCUCACCCUCACCAAGCGAGCUGAAAAAAGCAUCCAAUCCCGUGGAGGUUGGCAUCCAAGUUACGCCAGAGGAUGAUGAUUGUUUGUCAACGUCAUCGAGAGGAAUUUGCCCAAAACAGGAACACAUAGCAG